AUGAAAAGUGUGUCUUCUUCCCGAUCGGGAUCAGAACAUAAUACGCGAAAAAGAAGAGCCGCUCUGUCGCUAUCGCCUGAGCCUUUGACUCCUUCAUACCCAUCCAAGCAUUUAAAUACGAAAGCCGAGCAGAACUACGAUCUCCUGGCCAAUACAGCCCAUAUGCUGGAUACGCAGGCACAGUUAGUGGAGACGAUAGUUCGCUUCAAUGUGUACGUAAAUGAGCUCUUCCAGCUUCAGGAAUUUGGAUCUUUGGUGGAUUGGAAUCCUACGGAUUUCUCGCCCGCAUGGGCUGCUGUGAACGGUUCAGCAAUGCCGGAGGUAUUCCAGUACUUUGUAGAUAAACAUAAGUAUAAGCUUAUAUGGGAUGAGGCGCUGCUUCCGAAUAUGGACAGCAUUCCUUUAAGACUACAGAAGAAACAGAUGCAAGAACGUGAAGCCAUUCUCCGCGAGAAAUACCCAUUUAUGGACGAGGUGCUUCGUGUGUGUGAAAAUAAUGAGAUUGACUUGUUGACUUUCGAUGAUCUGCCGGCUGUAGCCCGUAAACCGGUGCCUUCCACUGCUGUUAGACAUAGACCCUCAAUCAAGAGACACAAACGCGCCAAGGGUAUGGAAGCGGUCCGUGGAUUUGACAUCGACUUUUUAGCAUAUGACUGUGAUGAUCUUUCGGAUGUUUCUGAUGUGUCAUUGUCUGGCCUAGACUCCUCAUUUAAAUUGAAAACAGUCAAGUUCUCUCUCCCGCCUCCAAAAAUCACACAUCCCUCGCAUAUCCCUACUUGGAAACCCUCGCUACUAGAGUUUGGUGCUGAAAACGACACUGAGGAGUCUGCGAAAUUGUUGGAGUAUAAAGCUGAACCGAUCGAAAUAGUUUCUGAUAAAAAGCGCACCCUACGCGCUCCUACUGUCGAGUCUCGGAUUUCUAAAUUCAUGGAAGCAAACAGAUUUGCUAUUGUCGAUGAUUCAAGUGGUGCGUCCACUGGGAACUACGAAGUAAUUUUAAACGAUCAAAAAGAUAUGCUCAGAAAGCUCCACACCAAGAUUUAUGAGGAAAAUAGAAUUGAACACAAUGGAGUUUCUUUUGAACAGCGAAAGAUUGCUGUUCCAACGCUCACCAGUAAGCUUUUUCUGGAUUACUUCAGAGAGAAUGGCUCUGUCUUCCCUAGAAUACAAGGUGCCAAUAAUGACAUGACCUCGCACGAUUUCUUGAUGACUCAAGGCUUAAAAUUUGCGAAUAACGUGGCACGUUAUAGACGAUAUCAUGUCUCUAAAGCCGGCAAAAUUGCUCAAAUGGUGGAGCAGCAUUUCCGGAGAAAGGCCGGUGAAAAAGAGAGGCUUGCCCGUGAACAGGAACAAAACCUUAGGAAAAUGGGUAGAAUUGCUAUUCAAGCUGUCAAGAAAAGAUGGUCGCAGGCGAACAAGGUAUACAGGCAUUUACAGCAUGAAAGAGAGGAAGAAGAGAAAAUGGUCAAGGGCCAGGAGCAACUCAACCGAGUCCUUGAUUACUCAAACCAGUUAUUAGGUGUUCAGCGCACAAACUCUUCCAGAGAGGCUACCGAAAUGGAAUCCCUAAACGAAGAGUCUAAUGAUGAUAGUCGCAGAACCCUCGACUCGACUCCGAAUCCUGAAAGUGAUACUGUCGAUAGCGAAUUUACUGCAGAUGAAAACAAAAAUGGAGCUGCUCUUGAUACCAAUGGGUCUGGUUCAGAGGAGGAAGAGGAUAUUCAAGGAGAUGGCCUUGCUGCACUCUACGGCAAUGACUCUAAGCCAAAGGAUGCUACAUACUCAACAGAUUAUAAUGAAGAGCAGAAGAAGCUUAUUGAGAGUAUUUCAACAUCCGGACCCAAUGAGUUAGACUCCGAUGACUUCUCUGAUUCUAUGGAUGAUGAACUGAGCACUUCCUCUGAAAGUGCUAGUGAAUCCGAGGAUGAAAUGGAAGUCGACGAGGAAGAGGGAAGUAAAACUUCUAAUGGUGACGUCUCGAGGAGCAAGAAAGAAGAUGAGACUGAAAAUGUGAAAACUGAGGAAAUCAAUGGAUUGAGAGUUAAAGAAGUCCCACUCCCAUCCUUACUCAGAGGAACUCUCCGGCCUUAUCAAAAACAAGGUCUUAAUUGGUUGGCCAGUUUGUAUAACAACGACACAAAUGGAAUUCUUGCAGAUGAGAUGGGUUUGGGUAAAACUAUCCAAACUAUAUCUUUGUUAUCGUAUCUUGCAUGUGAACACCAUAUAUGGGGACCGCAUUUGAUCAUUGUCCCGACAUCUGUGAUGCUUAAUUGGGAAAUGGAAUUCAAAAAGUUUGCGCCUGGUUUCAAGGUUUUGACAUACUAUGGAUCUGUCCAAGAGAGAGCACAAAAAAGAAAGGGUUGGAAUAAAGAAGAUGCCUUUCAUGUUUGUAUCACAUCCUAUCAAUUAGUCGUUCAUGACCAGUCAUCAUUCAGGAGAAAGAAGUGGCGAUACAUGAUUCUUGACGAAGCUCACAACAUCAAAAACUUUCGCUCAACUAGAUGGAAUGCCCUUCUUAACUUCAGCACCGAGAAUCGUUUACUUCUCACAGGUACACCAUUGCAAAACAACUUAAUGGAGCUUUGGUCUUUGUUGUACUUCCUUAUGCCAUCCUCGAAAGUUGAGCAAAUGAUGCCAGAGGGAUUUGCUAACUUUGAGGAUUUCCAACAAUGGUUUGGAAAACCCGUUGAUAAAAUUCUUGAGAAAACAGGCACCGGAGAUGUCAUUGAGGAGAAUGUAACGAGCACACUAGACAAAGAAACCAAAGACACGAUUGCUCGAUUGCACCAAGUCUUGCGUCCAUACUUACUUCGUCGUCUCAAAAAAGAUGUUGAGAAACAGAUGCCAGGAAAAUAUGAACACAUUGUCUACUGUCGACUUUCUAACAGACAAAGAUACUUGUACGAUGACUUCAUGUCAAGAGCCAAGACGAAGGAGACUCUUCAGUCAGGAAAUUUUUUGUCCAUCAUUAAUUGUUUGAUGCAGUUGAGAAAGGUGUGUAAUCAUCCUGACUUGUUUGAGGUUCGCCCCAUCGUGACCUCCUUUUCUAUGCCAAGAGCCGUUUCCAACACCUACAACACUGCCAAUCAAACCGUUCUUAGUCUUCUUAAUGCUAAUCAGAGCCCAGAAGUUUCUCUAGAGGUUCUCAAUGCUGAUAUUACUUGUCAAGAUGACCUCAACUACUUUGGCGCGGCAGCAAAGCAACGUCUUAUGUCUAACAAGAAGCUCGAGGAGCAGGUGCAAGAAUUGGACAACUUGAUUGAGCAAGGGCGAGACGUUGAGUCCUCAACCCUUUCUGAGGGACCACUUGCCAAUUUGAUCCAUAUCAAUCAGCGCUUGAAAUUGGAAGAACAAAUCAAUUUGAGAGAUAGAUUACAACAGGUUAUCUAUUUGAACACGCUUAGGUGCCUGCGGAGGCCAAUGUACGGAGAUUCUCUUUUACGUUUCGUCGAGAAAGCCACGUACAAGAAGAAUUGCGAGUUGGUGGAUACCAUGAUCAUGGAUAUUCCUACGCGUAAGCAAUUCAUGGCACCUUCUGUUGAAAAGUUUGCCGUCAUCACGCCAACAGUCGUGGCACUUGAUAUGAAAGACCAAAUCAUUCCUGUCAGUACACAAUCUCAAGUGAGAGAAGAUGUACAGAAGGAUCUCAUCUCUAAUCCAUAUCAUCAUGCCCAAGUCAAGUUGUCUAUUGCUUUCCCGGAUAAACAACUACUUCAAUAUGACUGUGGUAAGUUGCAAAAAUUGGCGACACUACUUCAUGAUUUAGUUCCAAAAGGUCAUCGCGCUUUAAUCUUCACUCAAAUGACCAAAGUUUUGGACAUAUUGGAGCAGUUUUUAAAUAUUCAUGGCUACAGAUAUAUGAGAUUGGAUGGUGCCACAAAGAUCGAGGAUCGACAAUUAAUGACAGAAAAAUUCAACCGUGACCCGAAGAUCCCGGUCUUUAUUUUAUCUACGCGUUCUGGUGGUCUUGGAAUUAAUUUAACAGGUGCAGACACUGUAAUCUUCUAUGACUCUGAUUGGAAUCCAGCUAUGGAUAAGCAAUGUCAAGACCGUUGUCACAGAAUCGGACAGCUGAGAGAUGUGCACAUUUACCGGUUUGUCUCUGAGUACACCAUUGAGUCCAACAUUCUCAAAAAAGCUAAUCAAAAGAGACAGUUGGAUAAUGUAGUGAUUCAGGAGGGAGAUUUCACCACAGACUAUCUAGGCAAGUUCUCUGUCCGAGAUUUGGUGAAUGACACAAGCAUUAUCAGUAAUUUAUCAGACAAGCCGAUCGGCGAAAACGUCAAUGCUGAUUUGUUGGCACAAGCAGAAGAUGAAGCGGACCGAAAGGCGGCAAAAGAAGCGAUGAAGGAGGUUGCUGUGGACGAAGAUGAUUUCGAUGAAUCCGGAAAGGAUCCAGGAAAGCCAAAGAGAAGCGGCGAUGAUGGUUUCGAGGACGAGGAUUACGACGAUGGAAUUGGACACAUCGAUGAGUACAUGUUGCGCUUCAUUGGUGAAGGAAAUUAUGUCGAAUGA